UAUUCUAGACCGCUCAACUGAUACCAACAACAUUGUUGAUAUCACCGAAAUGUAUCAUUAACUUUGAUUCAAGUAAAACCAAUUUCUUAGUCCGCAAGUUGUAGAUAACGCUAAAUUUUGUAAAGCAUAUGUAUCUUUUCAACAGUAGGGAAGAUGCUAUUAUGACAAAGAACAUAGUUUCUUCUAUGAAUACUUCUAGAACUUAUUUGAAUUAUCUAAACCCUACGUCUACAACUCAUUUAAAUGCAAGCGUCAUUAAUCCAGAUAACGAACUUCUAUAUACCUCAACAAACCUUAAUACGAAUCACCAAAAAACCUGCCAUCUUCAAGAACCAGAUUCAGAUAUUAUUAAUGCAUCCAUACUUAAUAUGCUUGCUUCAGCAAGUCCCAGUUUGAAAAAUAAUCUCGUUUCCUUGUUAUUACAACAUAACCCUGGAGUUGAACAACAACUAUUGCACAGUUCUGAUCUCCAUCUUCCGCUAGCAAAACACACAUAUCCUCAAUCGCUUGAUAAUGCUUCUGAAGAUUCAUCUGUAUUAUACGGCACUUCCUUUCCUCGUAGUAUGUGGCAAUACGAAAAUCAUUUAAGACUGAAUUCUUCUUUUAACGAAAAAGAUGACAAGCUUGACAUUAACACGUCAAACAUGCACAAUAAUUCAUCUAAAAAAGACGAAUUAAUGUUAACCACCUCGAUGAAAUACAGAUCUAAAACCAUUUCCCAAUUGCUAGAAGAAAGAAGAAAAAUUUUUAUUGGGUAUGAUCACGAACGUCGCAUCAAUGUACGUUGUAUUGAAACGUACGGAUUUGCCAUCAUGACAACCGCAAGAAGUACAUUCGAAAGAUCAUAUUUCGAGAUUUUGCCUAUUAUCGAAGAUAUCACAAAUUCAAUGUAUGGUGUAUUGAAACACGAAAUUCGAGGGUUCCCUUCUAGAUUCGGUGGCAUAGAGAAAAUUGAGAGAGGCCGAAUUCAUUAUUUUAUCCAGUGCUGGGAUAAAAGUGUAUCUGUAAUUCGCAUAUUUGACAGGUUAAUGGUUGAUUCUAGAAUGCCCAGAAUUCGUUGGACUGACAGAAUAUACCCGGUCGAGACAGCAGCCUUAGCCGGCGAGGAUUUUAUGAAUACCGUUACAGCUUUAGCAGACCGUGAAUUAGAUAAUUGGACAAGUAAUGGCAAUGACUUUCCUAAUCAUAGACACGAACUUAUUCCCAAAAUGAAAAUAGGGAUUGUCAUAGAGUCGCACCUGGCACCAGAAUUUACUCAAGAUGUAGGGCGGGCAUUAAAAAUGGCCAAAAGAACAACUGAGUUUUUUGAUAGACAUCCUCAAGGUUGCGAUAGACUAGUCGUAGCUUGCUUUUUUAACGAAGUAUUUUUGCUGUCGAUGAUUAAGCCGCUCAACAAGAACAAUCUUAACAAUUUCAGGGUUAUGGAGAUGGCACAGUGGACAAAUUCACAUAUGAAGGCAAUGAAUAGAGGAGAAACUUUCGGACCAAAAUUUUGUUCAGAAUCAUCGUUACUUUACAAUAGUGACCAGUAUUAUUGCAUGUCCCCUGAAAUUAACACCUUCUACGGUAAUUCAUGUAAAGAAGUGUAUUUCGAAGAACGAUCCUACAGAGAGAAUGGUAGGUUAGAUAAGCUAUGGCGCGAUACCACGCCCUUAGCUAGUAAUAGUAAUUCAUGUAUACUACAUGAUUCGGCAUCGUUUUGUCAGCACCCAACCUCUCAAACCACACUUCGUCCGAACGCGAAAAAACAAGAUUUUUGUAACGAGAAGUCAGAUAGUCUUUAUGUCAAUGAUGAGCAAUUGUUACCUAAAGAAACGUCAAAAUUUUCACCAGAAGGUCUUUUAUUAAAUUAUUUAAAAACUAAUUUAGAAGAGCAAGAUGGCGCAAAAAACAUUAACAGAGAAUAUCAAAUAGCUUCCAAAAAAAGAAGAUUGAGCGAAGAUGCUAUAACUAAGGUAAGUUUUUCUGAUCCUACAUUAUCUGCUUGAAUGCACAUGGAUAGGGCAGCACGCUGCUAAAAGAUUUUACUGAGCUAUGAAUGAAAAUGUAUAACGGAGAUGAGUGUUAUCUAUGCUAGGUUUGAGUAUAGCUGAGUAAACAUUAUUCGCUGAAAGUAGUGUAGGGAUGGUUUAAGCUGAAUCGUAUCCAAGAGACAAUAAUCGUUUUAAUCACAUUGUCAACUAUGCAUAGCAUCGAGCAUGGAAUUUGAUAUCGUGGUAGAACAAACAGUUGGACUUAUUGUGGAUGCGAACUGAUUUCGACGACUUUCAAGUGUAUAAUAUGAAUUGUAGUUUAUACGUUGAAACAAGUAUCUUAGAUGAGCGUUGUUCCCUUUUUUUACUUCGUAGCUUAAAGUGGUUAGGAAUUGACGAAACACUUGCUUGUAUUUAUCAAUAGCCGUAUUCAAUUCGACAGUUAAAAUUUUUUCCAAGUGCUCUUUAAAAUCUUGAAUAACAGCUUCAUCUUCCCCUGUGACUCCCCAUUUGUACCUGUCAGUAUGUUCCAAAUUUUCUCGGAACUCUGGAUUACUAAAAGAAGCAAUUUCGCAUGAAA